GGGGGAAUCUAAGAACAACAACAACAACAUGGCGGUAUUGAAAUUUUCCUCUUUUAUUGAAGCCGACAAUUACAUAAAAGAUGAAGAAAUAAAAACGUGCACACGUUUUGUUUUUCUGGCAAGACGUGGGUCACCGAAGUCUACAGAAUUAAGCACCAAAGAUGGCGUUGUGUUUCGAUUUGAAGAAAUGCGUGGUUCCAUGCCAAUACCAUUUGAUGGAUGUCCAUUUGUGCAAUUGGGAACGGAAGUAAGAGAAUGCCACCAUGGUCCAAAUAGGAAGGAAACAAAGAAAACUCAGCCUGCAGCUCCUGAGGUUCAGAUUAUCACCAAUCAGACGUCUAUAGCAAUGGAGGAAGUGGCAGCCGUAGCCGUUAGCAACGCUAAGCAGCUGGCACCAGAGAAUUAUCCCGAACAUACAUAUGCUGGCGUCAAGAGGAAAAUAAUUCAAAGCACAAAGAAACGUGGCUGUUACUGCCAGAUUCGAAUGAAAACCAUCUUGCGGUUCCCAGACUAUAAGCUUGAAGGCACAGACACAAGGCGGAAAAGACUGGCUGUCAUAGAUCGGCUAAAAUCAUCUGAAGUCUCUUUAUUGAGAGGAGAAGUGUGUGUUCUUGUUGCCUAUGUUGGAACCCACGAGAAUCACAUAAUGGGCGAGGAGGCUGGAUUAACCCAGCAUAUAGACAAGGAGCUGAUAGAUGUUAUAGUCAAGUUUAUAGACGAGGGCGUGUAUGACUCCCCGAGUAUGAAGCAGCAUCUAGAGCAGUACGUGCAGCGCUGCCAUCCUGCCAUCCUCCCUACCAACAGGCGCUUCUACCCUACCAUCCAUAUCAUACAGAACCAUAUGCACAAAGCUUUACGUAUAAAAUUCCCCAAUGGCGAGCAUAAAGCGAAGGUUAAAGGCAGCAGGCAAAGGGAAGAGGGUAGCAAACGCAAAAAUAGAACGGAUGCAACAAAGAAAAAGGAUCACUCCACAAAACACCAAACCAAAGUGAGACCACCAACACAAAGUAAUCCUAAGGUUAACACUGAUGGUACUGUGAUUCAACAACAUUACAUAGAUGAUACCGCAGACCGUGAAGAUGAGGUUGUACAGUGCCCACCAGACUAUGUUGAUGAACAAGAUAUUAAGCCGAUUUUUGGUGUGUGGCUCUUUUUCCAUUACUUACUGAUCAAGUUUGAGUUUCGUUCUAGUCCAUAG